UCGCAUUCACUUCAUUAACUCUUGUUGAACAAUCUAGCAAUUAAGUUCACGAUCAUUGAAAACUGACUUUUGCAUUUCUAACAUCCACACAUUCUCACAUUCUUACAAACACAUUAUAACCAUUAUAAAUAACAUUGUUCUCAUACCCUAUUUUGUUCAUCAAUAAUAUUUCCAAUUCUCUUAGAAAUAUACAUAUGGCACCUCAUGGAGAUUCAUUACCUAGCUCAUUCUCUAGAACCAACAACGUAGUAUGCUCCAAACCACCAAAACCUAAUUCAUCCGAUCACAACAACAACAAUAACAACAACAUUCAAAGAACAAUCUCCGACAUAUCGUUCGCGUUAUCAAAAGAAGACUUUGAUUUAACACUUCCACCAAUAACUGAAGUUGAAGAUGCAAAGUGCGAGUGCUGUGGCAUGUCGGAAGAGUGUACACCUGAGUACAUAAAACGCAUACGCGACAAAUACUUAGGAAAAUGGGUUUGUGGUUUGUGUUCUGAGGCAGUGAAGGAAGAGUUGGAGAAAAAUGGAGGGAAAAAAGAUGAAGCUUUGAGUGAACACAUGAAUGCAUGUGUUAGGUUUAACAAAUAUGGAAGGACUUUUCCUGUUUUGUUUCAAGCUGAAGCCAUGAAAGAGAUGCUGAAAAAGAGUAAAAUGGAAGGUAGAAGGGCUAAGUCAUUCAACCCUAGAGAGAAAGGUGGUGGUGGUGAAAAGAAAGGUGGACUUGCUAGAAGUUCAAGUUGCAUUCCUGCUAUCACAAGAGAUAUCAAUGAUUUCAAAAUUUCAAGUUAAACUUAACUUACAAGUUAUUAUAACAACUUUUCAUUUUACAGAUUAUCAUUUUGUCAAAAUCACUAUCGUUCUAAAGAUGCGGUAAGUCUUUUAAUUAUGUGUUGAUUAAUUUCUAUGUUGUAUAAAGAACAUGGUUUGUUGUGUCUCUAUAUUUAAUGUUGUUCAUUUUUUUUCUACUGACUAGUGGCUACAACUAGUGGCUACAACUCAGAAUCAUUGGAGGGUUGCAAGAUAACAUAACCCUAAAGUUGUUACCUUUUGAUGAUCGGAAGUUUUUUUUAGGUCUCUCUCCCUAUCACUAUCAUGGUUUUAAUUGAAAGGAAGUUGAUCCGUGUGAGAUCUUCUUUGUCUUUCUUUUUGAUGGAGAGGGUAAUUCUUUGUAUGUAGUCAGUGGCUUUUUCAAUGUAUUUUAGGUAUUUCCAAUCUUAUAACAGAAAUAAACUUUGCUUCUUUAAUUGGAUGCCUUUGUCUCAA